AUGCCCACUUUAUUGCGCAAAGUGGCCAUCGUCGCCGCAGUCGACGGUCUGGUCCUACAUCCUCAUGCCAGCGGGUCGCGGCAUACGGGUAGUAACAAUGAGGCGUCAUCCAUCCGCAUCGACUAUAAGACAAACAAAAUCACAGCGUUGCCCGCUUCCGGCCCGGAGCCCCUCGAUGGAAAGGACGCCCUAGAGCUAGAGGCCUACGGUCUCGUAGGUCUCUUAUCUGUCGCUUCAAGUUCAUUCCUCGUUUCCAUCACACAGCGCCAGCAAGUAGCGCAGAUCCGAGGCCGCCCGAUCUACACCGUAACCAACGUCGCGAUCAUUCCGAUCUCAUCGCAAGCCGAUGCUUCCCGCGCAAUCACACAGGCCAGGAAAGAAUCCUCGCAACAGGAAGCCACCAUUGAAUCCUCCGAUGAAGAGGACCUGACCGAUAACGAAUCCGACAGAGCCGAUGCGGAAGCAGAGAUCGGCAGCGCGCCCGCAUCGCCCACUCGCGAUGCAUCUCGUGUCCGCGGCACCAGCGUCGGCAGUAUCGCAGAAGACGUGAUAGCGAAAAAGUUCCGCUUCGGCAGGUUUGCGGCCGAUUGGCUAUCGCGCAAAGACCUGGGAUUGCCCAGGCCCGGAACUCAGGAGCAGGAUGUGUUGGAGUCUCCCGUUGACGAAGCCUCCACUCCUCCUCCUUCGGGUAAUGGCAGUGAGGUGAAUCUCGACGCUGUGGAUGAGUCUCUGUCUGAAGAGGCUGGGGCUCAGAGCGAGCCUGAUCGGCCUAAAUCUGACCAGGCUGCGGAAUUGCUGCCGAAACUGCUUCGCUAUACGAAACUUUUGUUUGCAUCGCAUAAUUUUUUCUUUGCUUAUGAUUAUGACCUGACGCGCUGUUUACAUGUGCAGGAAGCUCGGAAAGAUCAGCUUCCCCUAUAUAAAGCUGUGGAUCCAUUGUAUUUUUGGAAUAGACAUUUGAUGACAAAAUUCAUUGACCAUGGGGCUCAUGGAUUUGUUCUCCCGUUGGUUCAAGGCUUUGUCGGCCAACGAGAAUUCACAAUCGCUGGUGCUGAAAAGAAACAAACUUCGAAGGACUCAGCAGAACUCGCGAAAGGCCGAAUUCUCGGUGAAAAAGACGAGGCCGAAGCUGUGGAGACUGAUGCUAGCAAACGUGAUUAUCUAUUGACUAUCGUUUCUCGACGGUCUGUCAAGCGACCGGGUCUUCGUUACCUGCGCCGUGGUGUCGAUGAUGAGGGCAACACAGCCAACACAGUCGAAACCGAGCAGAUUCUCUCGGUUCCGGAUUGGACCCCGUCUCACCCUGCCUACUCAUAUUUGCAAGUCCGGGGUUCCGUUCCUCUUUAUUUCUCUCAGUCGCCAUAUGCUUUGAAGCCAGUUCCAGUGCUCCAUCACUCUGCGGAAACGAAUCUUCUCGCCUUCACUAGACACUUCCGAGAGUUCAGUCGACGAUAUGGAAAUAUCCAGGCUGUCUCUCUUAUUGAUAAGCUAGCCGGUGAACUGAAGCUAGGAGAGCAAUACGAGCGAUAUACCGAAGCCUUCAAUGCCGCCGGUGGGAUCGAUGGUAAACCAUUGAAACUUGAAUGGUUUGACUUCCAUAACGAGUGCCGGGGCAUGAAGUUCGAAAAUGUAUCACGACUGGUCGACCGACUGAAAGAUACAUUGAAUGAGUUCAGCUAUACCAUCAUCGCGGACAACGAUAUCCUGCAGACCCAAAAGGGCAUCAUCAGAACCAAUUGCAUGGAUUGUCUAGACCGCACUGGUGUUGCCCAGUGUGCAUUCGGCCAAUGGGCCCUCGAGCGUCAAUUGGAAAAUGAAGGCAUUGACAUUGACAUUGGUGGUGACUCUUCCACCCAAUGGUUCAAUACAGUCUGGGCAGACAACGGGGAUGCCAUCUCCAAGCAAUAUUCAUCAACCGCGGCCCUUAAGGGCGAUUACACCCGUACACGCAAGCGAGACUACAGAGGUGCCCUCAACGACUUGGGACUGACUCUUUCCCGCUACUACAAUAACAUCGUAAACGACUUCUUCUCUCAAGCCUGUAUCGACUACCUCCUAGGCAACGUCUCAACCCAAGUCUUUGACGAGUUCGCCAUCCAGCUCCAGACCACCGAUCCAGGAAUCUCAGUCCAAAAGCUCCGCCAGAACGCCAUUGACACAAGCUGCAAGAUCGUUAUUAGUAGCCCCUCUGAAGAAUUCCUAGGUGGCUGGACCAUGCUCACACCCCGCCAACCUAACACCCUUCGCACCCUACCAUUCGAAGAAUCAGUCCUUCUCCUAACCGAUGCCGCAGUCUACAGCUGCCGCUUCGACUGGGAGACCGACAAAGUGUUGUCCUUUGAGCGCAUCGCCCUCUGCUCCAUCGAGCGCAUCCACUACGGUACAUACGUCACAUCCAUAUUGACAGAUAGCCAAGCCGACGAGGCGACCAACGUCGGUCUCGUCAUAGUCUACCGCGACGGCGACACAAACACCCUCCGCGUGAACACCCGGUCCCUGCAGAGCGAUGUCGAUCUCAGCACGCUAGAGACUACCGCCAGCGCCAACAGUGAAUGGGACCUCGUUUCCUGGCUGCGGGGUAGCAAGCGUGCGACGACACGGUUUGUUGCAUUCAAGGGCCUGCCACUGUCAAGUCCGGUCGCUAGUCCGCGGCUUGGGCCUACUACUGGUACUGUUCGCGAGAUUGAUCGCAUUCGCUCGGUCUGUUUGGAUAUCGAGCGGGCGAUGUUUGCGGGUCAGGGUGAUAAGGCUGAGGCGGUCUCUGUGGUUGAACAGUCUGAUAUUAUCUCUUUGGCGGAUGCGAGAAAGAGGACUGGGUGGUUGGAAUAUCUGGUUUAUGACCUUAAGAAGAUGGUUUGGGCGUGA